GCAUCGCAGUUUCGCGAGCAUCAGAUCCUUUCGCCCGCCAUGCGGUCGAUGGUCUCCAACAACUCCAUGGAAUACCCCAUGGGCCCUGCAGAUUCGCAGAUGUCGGAGGGCGUGCCUGCUGUAAAUGCAUCUCCUCAUCCGGAGUCCUUGAAUUCCAUUGAGCAGGACACCGAGAGGCAUGACUUGAGCGGGGACUUGAGCAGCUCAGAGAUCCGGUCCUGGCUGUCCGA